AUGUCUAUGAAACUGCCGCUGAUGACCCUGCUGUCCAACACAACCCAGAUCUCUCCCGCUGCGAUUCAAGCGGAACUCAAGGGUGGAACAAUGAUGGGCCUGAUCCGACGCAGCGUCAAGGAUGUCACAGACCAUCCAUCCACUGGAUGUCCAUCUGUGGUUGCCAGAGAAAAAAAAUUUUCUUAUUCCUUCGAAGCCACCAUGGAGGGGCUGUUGGACUGGAAUUGCUCCGGAAAUGGGUUGCUCUCUUCCCCGGCCAUGGUCAUCACUCAUCCAAGGCCCGCUCCAGCUCGACUGCCAGCAAGCAAGUACAGGCAGACUGGCGUACGGAUUACACAAGAAGAAAAUCCAUACUCCGUGCUCCCAUCAGCCAGGCAACAGUCCAAUCCCGCCAAUUCAACCACCCUCGUUGGCUCAGAAUACCCAAUGCUCAAGAUUUCGUCAUACUCGACUGGACAAGCAAAAAAGACACUAUCAUCAUCAUCGCUCCCGCGAAAUAUUUAG